UAUCCUAUUAUGAUCUCGCAGGUGAAUUCAGCUGAUGAGCAGCGGGUUGUUCGUUGGUCUACCAAAGGUUACACGAUGCAUAGCGGAUUCGUUGUGCCAGACGAUUGGCGCUUUUCCACAAUUGUGCAGUUCAGAGCCAUCGACUACGGCAUGGAGUUAUGCGAACUCAAGCUGAACGUUUCGCCAGCAUCUGUCACCAUGAUCUCUGAGCUACCAUUCACACUGGAACUCUAUCGCCUCAGGCAAAGCACCCCUUUGGAUUCGACAUCACUAAACUACAGGAACAAACCUCCCCGAGUGUCAAAGAUCGCUAGUGUUCAAAUUGAUAGUACCAGCGGUGGUAGCUGGCACAGAACAUUUGCGUGCAAGAUGGACGAAGUAUUGUCGUUCGAGAUAGCUUGCCAGCCACCCGUGGAUAAGGAGAGCUGCAGGGUCGAAUGGUGGCAGAACAAGAGCCAUCCCGCAUCAGGU